GCCCAGCAAACCUAGGGUGACACUUUUUGCCAGAAGCCCAGGCAGCAUGGACCUCACUCCGCUAUGGGUGCUUCUGCCACUGGUCACCGUGGCCUGGGGCCAGUACGGAGACUAUGGGUACCCAUACCAGCAGUACCAUGACUAUAGCGACGACGGGUGGGUGAAUCUGAACCGGCAGGGCUUCAGCUACCAGUGUCCCCACGGGCAGGUGGUGGUGGCCGUGAGGAGCAUCUUCAACAAGAAAGAAGGCUCGGACAGACAGUGGAACUAUGCCUGCAUGCCCACGCCGCAGAACCUCGGGGAGCCCACGGAGUGCUGGUGGGAAGAAAUCAACAGAGCUGGGAUGGAGUGGUACCAGACAUGUUCCAACAACGGGCUGGUGGCAGGGUUCCAGAGCCGCUACUUCGAAUCUGUGCUGGAUCGGGAGUGGCAGUUUUACUGCUGUCGCUACAGCAAGAGAUGUCCAUAUUCCUGCUGGCUGACCACAGAAUAUCCAGGCCACUAUGGGGAGGAAAUGGACAUGAUUUCCUACAAUUAUGACUACUAUAUGCGAGGAGCAACCACCACUUUCUCUGCAGUAGAAAGGGAUCGCCAGUGGAAGUUCAUAAUGUGCCGGAUGACUGACUAUGACUGUGAAUUUGCAAAUGUUUAGCUCUGCCACUUACCAAAUCUGGGUGAGGGGAAGGGGGCCAGGAGACCUGAGGAUGUCCACAUACAUCAACAUCAGCUGGAGCUCCGAAGCGGUUUCUGCUGCUCUUUUCUUCUCCCUGAGUUGGUUAGUGGCUGCAGUGCCAGCUUCCUGGGCCUUUCUGACUAGUAUCACACUUACAAUUAAAUCCACAAUUAAAUCAUGUUCCCACUUUCAACAUAUUCCAUAGCAACCAUUUUAUAUGACUGACAAUGGCUUUCUUGCACACUGCAUAUACAGUGUGCAUGCUCACAGCCAGAAAAAAGCCUGGUUCCUGGGCCACCUCUCACAGCUUCACUACUGCUUUUACUACCAAAUGAGCUGCAGGCAGGCCUGGGGCUGAACAGUGUCUAUGAAGAAGUUCAGUGGAGUGGAGUAAAUGGCGGAAAUUAAAGAAGGUGGCAAUGAAGGUUCUUUGCAGGUCAGUCUAUUUGAAUGAAACCCAGGGUCCUCAUCAAGCCUUAAUGGGACAUGCUUCUACUCUUCCCCUCCACAUAAGCCAUGCUUGCUUGGAAGUCCAAAGUGCAGAGUUCUGUGCUCCAGGAGGAAGGGGGCAGGAGGUAAAAUGGAAAGAUGAAAGAGUCUGGGCAGAGCUGAAAGCCUUAGCAUUGGAAGAAUUUCCUGAAUUGAAGGAAGACUGUAGCCAUACCCAGUUAUGCCAGUGAUGCAGAAACCAGAGAAACCUAUGCAAAUCUGGCUCGAGUCAGACAAGAAUAAGGAAGAAGACAGAGAGAAUGAGACUCCAGUUAGGAACUUGAGGGGAAAGAAAGAAUGGCCAGGUUGCUUUGGGAAUAGAAAAGGUUGUUUGAGUUACUGGCACCAGGAGAUGUGUUCAGGACUCCUGGGAAUACUGGCAUAUGCCCUGGUAGCCAUAGAAGUUAUCAGCAAACUCACCAGGAUAGGUCCCAAUUUUCUAGCUGGGAAAGGCUGCCCUGAGACUCUAUUUCCCUUCUAUGUAUAAUUUAGGGAUAUAUUUUGCAGAGUUGACACUAUCUUUCCUCCACCUGUGAUGUCUCUGUCCCCAGCCCUUUGUACUUUCUUCAUCAUAAAAGGAAUAAAAAUGGUAAUAUUCACUGUGCUGCAAA